CUAGCUAAUCACAGCAGAGGCAGGGAGCUCUUGUCAUGUGAUUUGCUUGCUUUUCUUGAAACUGGCAGCCCUUCUUUUAAAGCUUUCUUUUCAAACCCAGGACAGGCUCCUCCAGGUAAAUUCCCAAACCGGCUUUACAGUAAAGGUAGAGAAAGUGAAAGCAUAAAGUUUCAGAGUGAAGGACAUAAAAGAGCGGAAGCUGAGAGCUGCCAGAGUCCUGAGCUACGCAGGUGGAUGUCAUAUUUAACGGUACGAGAAGUCACAAAUGAUGGACAAGUCUACUGAAAACCCAGACGAGGAGGACAGAGUGUCCCUCAAGAGCAACGGGAACACGGCGAGCAAUGGGGGCACAAAGGAGACGCUGGGCAGGCUUCAGUCGUUCAGGAGGAGCAUCCGGCGGGCGGCCGAGAAGAGCCCGCUGUCGUCCGGAGGAAAGUGGGCAAAGAUCACCACUGGCACCGAGUCAGGGUCACAACCACCUCCGUCUCCCAGUCUAAGUGCUGUCUCUCCGGUCACGUCUCCUCUGAAGAACAUCGGAGGCCUUUUCUACAAAAAAGAGGAAGACGACAGUGACGGCGCUGCACAAAAAGGCAAAGGUCUGACACGCUCAAAGACAGAUCCAAACAUGGCCGGGUUCGGGGACUCUCUCAUGAAAAAAGGAGUGUCAUUUCGCCGAAGCCUGAAAUUCAAGAAACCCAGCAAACUGGAGGCAGCCGUGCUCGUCUCUGAAGGCUCGCUGGAGGAGAGGAAGGAGGAGCAAGAGGAGGAGGAGGAGGAGGAGGUGUGGGAAGAGUUAGAGGAGUCGUACACGCUGCCAGAAAUACCCCACACACCACUGUCAGUGAUGCAGAUCAAUAACCUGAUAGAGACGGAGGUGCUGGAGGAGGCUCACCUGAACCUGCUCGCCCUGCGCCAGGAGUUCCAGCAGGAACGGGAGCGGUGUGGCGAGGACUCCCCUUUGGAGCUGGCCAAGAAGGAAAAAGACCUCAACCUCCUUUACGGAAACCUGAGGGACAAAGUAAACAACAUUGUGCGCGACUCCAACUCCCUUCCCUCCAGGAACAAGGGGCUGCUGGUACCCGUGGCACGCAUCAUCCAAGAGGAGGACAGGCGAGCGGGGGAACCCGGCGGGCUGCAGGGCGGCUGGCUGGAGGCCUGGAGGGAGGCGGUGGGGGAGGGAGUGCAGUUGAAGGUGCAGAGCGCUCACCUGGAGACCAGGGAGCAGAACCCUUCCUGGCUGGCAGUCCAUCUGGCCCUGCUGGGUAAGAGCAUCGUGGAGGAUUUGGAGAAGGUGAAGAAAGAGCUGCGAUGGUCGUACCCACCCAGCUUUCAAGUCUUCAGCACCUACGUGAGGAGUUAUCACCGAGUGGUCGGGCAGCACCUGAAGAAGCUGGAGCCGCAGGUGACGGAGCUGAAGGACCUGUACGCUCUGCUGGACUGGAUCAUCAACCACUACAAGAGCGAGAGGAUCAUGGGAAGUCCCUCCCUACAGCCGGACAUGAAGGAUGAGAGCGCUGAUCUGCAGCUGCAGGACGGCCUGCUGAAGCAGCUGAAAGUCAAGUACUGCUGCAAAGUGAAGGAGGACAUGAAGUCUUCCCUGGACAGAGUCAUUGAACUUGAAAAUGAGGAAGUUUGGAAGGACAGAAGGUCCCCCAAGAAGGAGGAGGACUUCCUCAAUUCUCCAUUUCACAUGGACAUCUGGACGAAUGUGAAGGGGAAUGCUAUAAACUCUCGACGGAUUGAUGCUCAGCUAGAACAGGAAGUGAUCUCCUCCUGCCUCCAAGCGUUGAAAGAGUUCCCCAAGAGAUUUGAGGUGGAGUUCAGUCGUCACUGCGGCGCUCUCAGACCGCAGCCUCUUUGGACCGAGUACCACAUUACAUACAUCAACAGCUUCUCUGCUUUACAGCAGCACAUGGACGGGUACCAGGACACCUGUGAUAGAGAAGUGGAAGGCUUCAGGAAGGAGGCCAAGUGGCUGAUUAUCAGGCUCAUACAGGUGCUGGAGGACCAGUACAAAGACGACGUCAAGCCGUACCUGAGAAGAAUGAUGACGAGGAAGUGGCUCACCAACGACGAAGACUUUAAGCAGCUUUACAGUCUGACGGAGCUGCUUUCUGAACACUGCGCUCUGAUGAGGCCUCCACAUGUCCAGGAGUUAGCGAGCCGACUGCACUACCACGUGGUGAGGGAGUACGUCGGCCAGCUGAUGAAGAAUAACUACUCGUGCAAGAACCGGAAACACGAGAAGGCGGCGAGUAAGAUCCAUGUGCAGUGGGGAAGACUCAGAGAUCUGUUUGAGGACAUGAAGUCGACUCAUGAGUGGCUCUACGCUGUAGGAGACGACCUGAGCAACAUCAUCAUACAGAAAAACAAGGCAGACAUAAAGCUCCAUCUGCAGCCUUUGGUGGAGCAUUACCCCGACUUCAGCAGGAAGCACCUGGUUGCUGUCCUGUACUUCAGAGGUCUACUGAGAGGCCGCGAACACCAGCUCAUUCUCCAACAGUUCACGGAGCUCAAAAAGAAACUGGGCAGCGGCGGCGGCGACAAGAACCGAGUUUUAUUCUAUGACAUGCAGGUCACCGUCAACACAGACUGCUUCUCCAAUCUGCCUUUCUCCUGCCUCAGCUUCCUGCUGCCCGACAACUAGUGCAGCGUGGAGGACGAGUCGCUGAGUGGAGGAAAACCAAAAGCUCCAGAGGUGGACUUGUGACAGAAAAAGUUACAGUUUUUUAAGCUGGUUGACACAAAUUAAGGUCCUUGCUCUCAAACACAGCCAUCUAAACUCAAACAAACUGCAGCUUUGGCACAGAAUUAGGUAUAUUCCAUGUUUCUCAGGCGAAUACUUCACAAUCUACUCAUCACUACCUCGUUGACAGUAGAUUUAUAUAUAAUUCAACCUUGCACAUAAUUCACAGACUUACAUAUGAUUUAAAGGAUGAUAACUUUCAAAUGUGUAACUUAUUCUGAGCACACAUAGCUGGUCAUCUGUGUGACAUCAUCAUCAUCUCUCUCUCUCUUUCACUCGCUGUCUGUAAGCUGCUCACAUUGUUCGCCUCCUUCUAAAAUGUUAGGAACACUUAAAAACCAGAAAACACAAGACGUUAUACAUUUUGUGUUGCUCCAUUAUUUCUGAGACCAGAAAUGUUGUUUCACUCUGAUAUUCUGUCAAACAGACCAGCGGGCGUUUCCAACGCGGGACAUUUGUUUGUAAUGUUUUGUGUUUGACAAAGUGCAGCGUGAACAUUAACCCAACCAAAUGAAAAAUGCAACAAUGUUGCAACUUCAACCCCAAAUUGUACCGAGGCUACUGAACUAGAGGUGUGAAAGCACCCUUAUAUAGAGAGGCAAAGUCCCUCCCCUUCCACUAGGCCACCAUGGGACCUUUUUUUUGGAAAAAAUAUGUAUGGCUGUAAACAGUGAGGGACAAAUCAUUGUUUUAAUCCUGUUUGAAUUGUGCCAUGAAUUGCACAAUGCACAUAUGAUGUUCGUCAAUUUAAAAGAUAAUUUAGCUAGUCAAGAAAGUCAGUUUGUGGUAAAACUGUGACUUUCUUAACUUACUUAAAAAUGAAUCUAAUAACACAUGGCCACUGUUUUUACACUAAUGACGAGGGAACUUCUUUUCUUCUAAAAGCAAAAAAGAUGUCUCCUCUCACACACUGACAAAUAGAAAUUCCACAUGUUACUACUUACAAAGCAUAUUAAAUGUGACGCAUGUAGUGUGUUACUCACAUUACAGUAAGUGUUUCCAGCAUUGUGAGCAACUGAGGAAAACUUUUCACCAACUAAUCCAGAUAAUAUUCACUCACAAAGGUUGUGUAAGCUUCGUGAGUGAAGGAAUGUGAAUAUCUGAGCAGAAGGAACAAAUAAAACUCAGGUUUCAACAACUUCAACAAUUAUACAGUGCUGUUGUCUUUUUUGACGGCUGUGUUGGACCUUUGUUUGAGUCAGAUCAACUGAUAAAAACUGUAGGAAACUCUUUGAAUGUGAAUGUGUCGUGUGCUGCAAGCUACUGUAGCGGAUGGUACCAGACUGUGUACGGGACAUUUAUCAUGUAUGAGCACUCCAAAUUGUCUCCAUAUGGCUUUAAUAUGAAGAUUUUCUUUAGUGAAAUAUGUUGCUAUUGCUCCUAUUGUCUAAGCUUAAUGUGAUUUUUCUUUGCACAUUUUAUCUAUUAAUUUAAUCAUAAAUCUGUUUUGUGUUUGUAAAUAGUUUAUGUAAGUGAUUGUCAACUGGGAGACGGGUGAAGAGUUGAGUAUCUCAGCAUCAGGGUUUUUAAACUGUUUGUGACCUGUGACACCUGGUUAGGUACCAAGGUUCUUAUGAAUUUAAAUAUGUAAUGCUUCUGUUAGAUUUUCCCAUCAGUGUAAAAGAAGGCUGAAUGGAUUAGAGAGAAAAUAUAACCUAGAACCUAUUUAAUCUUUUUUUUUUAAUAAAACACAUGAAACACAUUUAGCCUCAUGAAUCUCCCACGACUCCAUCUGCAUGUUUAGAAACCCAGAUAGACAGCAGGAAGCGUUUCAACCCUCAUAAGUAACAUUAAAAACUUCAACGUCAUUUUUUAUGUCAAUGGUCAAAUGUAAAAUCUUGAAAUGUUGGCUAUCUGUGGAUUCACUUUAAAUAUAUUGUCACUGACCUUAAAAAAA